AUUUUUAAGACUUACGUCCAUAAAAAUAAAAAAAAAAUCAAAUCAAAAUCUUUUAAAUUUCUCCUCCAAAUUCGAAUCUCUCUCUUCCUCUGCGGAGUUGGUGUCGGUGGACGGACGACGACGAUGGUUGCCAAAUCUUCAUCUUAUAUCGUGUCAUUGAUUUUCGUUUUAUUUACGAUUCUAUCGUCUUCCGACGCCUUGGUUUCCGCUUCCUAUCCUAAAGCCUUUUCUGAUUUGAAAGAAGCAAUUGUGAAGGGAUUUGGAUUCCAAACCGAUGAUUUUAAGAUUUCAGGUUUUGAUCUGAGGGAUGCCCUUGUGGGCCAUUCAGUGGCAUAUGAAUUCGACGUUGAAAUCGAUAAGAAGGUGAUUCCUUUUAAGCUUUUGGAGGAUGUGAACCGAUGGGAGUACGUUGAUUUGCCCAUUUUUAGGGUUGAAGACCCAGCUAGACCCGGAGUUGAAAAUGGGUUGGUGGAGCAUAAGAGGAUAUCAGAUAAUGGGUUACCCGUUUUAGCCCCGUUUCAGCUGGCUGGGCCGAUGGAACUCUGGAUUCAGGAUGCCAAUGAUAUGCGCAUCUCCUUGCCCCAUGAUGUGGAUGCUGGCGUCUUGAAGAAGGUAAUUUUAGCUGAUGGUGCCGUGGUAACUGUCAAGGGUGCGAGAUCAGUUAGCCUGCGACAUCCUAUUGAUCUUCCAUUACCUCUGAACCGAACACAAAAUGGAUUUGCAUCUGGCCUUAUGGCCCUGGCUGAGCAUCUUCGUCAUGCUUCUCGCAGUCAAGAUGCUCCAAUCCUCUCCCUCCGCAUUGUUGGCCCAACUUCCCUUGCUGUCCCAUCGUCUUCAUCUUCAAAUAAUAAGUUGAAGCUUAAGCGACUUGCUCCUGGCCUUGUGGAACUGUCGUCAAUGUCUAAAACUAAGGCCAUGGAUGCUGUUUCCACUAUUGAUCUAGAAGAAGAAGCCGCUACAGUACUAACCCCAAAGCACUUCGCUACAAUGUGGCCUCUUGCUUCCAUCAAUGGUUCCAAUGCCAAUUUGAUUGGUUUCGAGACACUGCUAUCAUCUGUACUGGGCCCAAAGGCAAACAAGAAAGGUUCCUUUAAGUUAUUGAAGGCUGAUGUGUCUGCUCAGACAUUUGUGAAGAUUGGUUUUGGGAUUGAGAAGAAGUUGAAAGAAGGAGAUGGGUUUGAUUUGGAGGGUUUUCCUGAAUGGAGGACAAAGCCUGAGACAGUGAGGAUGCAUUUUGAGGUAUUGGCUAAGGUUGAUGGUGAGAAAGUUAUACCAGAGAGAGUGGUGCAGGUUAACCCUGUUGUUGUGGAGGAUACUGUGGUACCAAGUGUGCUCACAGGGAACAUUACCUUGUCAACAACUCCUGUUGUUCAUCCCCCUUCCAAUCCCUUCACCUUGUAAAUUGUUAAAGAGGGAAAAGGGUUAAGAUUUUGGCUUGUUAAAGAAACUUUAAAGAUGAGAUGAAUCAAUUAUACUUAAUUUUUCUUGUGAUUCUGAUGUGUUAGAAGAGCUGUAAGUCUAAUAAAGUUAAAGAUGCUUUAUCGCUACC